GAGAGAGAGAGAGAGAGACAAAAAAACAAAAUCCCAUUCCCGUACGGCCUCUCGGAAAGGAGCGCAAAAAUGAAGGUGCACCGCUGCAUACUCUGUCUGGUGAUUACGUUGAUGUCCGUGCUGCACUGCAGCUGCCAAAGCUCAGAAGAACGUCCUCUGACGAACGAAGCAAACUACCCGGAGAUUGACCGUAGCAAACUUCCGCUAGCCAGUCUCAGCGGACUACUGGACAGUCUGGAGCACGCGAGCUCCGGUAGCCGGCAGAUUAAUGCUGGAGGAAUCGCUGCCAACAACCCCCUGUUGCAGGUGGAUCCUGAGAUACCUGACCCGUCAGAUCUCGCUGCCCGGCUCGGUUAUGCUCAGCUGAACAACGAUAUCAAGCGAAGCUGGAACAAGAUGAACGCGGCUUGGGGAAAGCGAGUGACUGGAGGCAACCGAAAUGCUGGCUGGACGAAAUUCGGUGCGGCCUGGGGGAAGCGAGAACCGGGAUGGAAUAAUCUCAAAGGACUUUGGGGAAAACGCACAGAUAAAUGGGACAAAUUGGCAUCAGCUUGGGGCAAACGGCAGGAGAUGAGCCGAAGCUACUAAUGCGUAUACGUAUAGAUGCCACACAACAUCAUACAGAUCGUCAGAUCGCAGUCUAUCACUAGCACUAUAACAAAAUUGUUUUACUACGUUAAUAAGGGAAAAAUGCAAACACUCCAACCGCAGACGAUUGCCCUUAUCAACAUGAGCAUCAACCGCUGGCUAAGACAGGGAAAAUACAGAUACGGCAAUUAAAUACUCCAUACGAUUUUUGAUCUCGUUAGCGUAAUUUCAACCUUUGUCACGUUACCCAAAACUAGAAAUAAAAAAGUAUAAUAAAAUUAAAACAUGCUAUAAACUAUGCGCCAGGCUGAGUAUAAUAAUCGCUUAAAUAAAGAUGCCGACCGAGACAAAAGGCGACUAAAAUUAAAUCACUAAGCGUUAACCGUGAUGUUUAGCAAUCAAUGUAUAUCAGCUUUGUAUUUAAGGUGUUGAAUGGAUAUCGUACACUGCA